CAUAGUACUAACACAGUCACAUCAAUCGCCAAUGGCGUCGUCCCGUCGGGUUCUUCUUGUGGCGCUGCUAGUGUCAAUGGCAGCAGGUGUUGCAAUGGGCAGGCCGGUGAGAAGCGACUUGGGUCUGGGUUUAGGUGGUGGGCUAGGCAUAGGGCUUGAUCUUGGGCUCGGUGGAUCGGGUUCGGGCCAGGGGUCGGGUUACAGUGCUUGGUCGGGUCAGAACGGUGGCUCUCACACCGCGUCCGGUCGUGGGUCGGGCACGGGCUCCGGUUACGGGUAUGGCUCGGGCUCUGCUAAUGGGGGCUCAGCUUUCGGUUGCGGUUCGGGUACGUCGUCUUGCUCGGGUUCGGGUUCUGGCUCUGGCUCCGUAGGCUUGGACACAUCGAUAAAUGUCGGUGUUGGUGUCAGCGUCGGCUCGAAUGGUGGGGCGAACGGUGGUCCGGACUGUAACACGGGUACCGGGUCGAACUAUGGUUCCGGAGCGGGCUUGGGUUCGGGCUCUGGGUCCGGGUCCGGGUCAGGUGGAGGUUCAUAUUCCUCACGUGGGCGUGAGUCAUCUGGUAUUGGGUCGGGUUCUGGUGUAUCGUCCGGGGUUGGCGGCGGGUCGAAUGUCGGGCCAAGUGGUGGGUGCUUAUCUUGUGGUUCCGGCAUUGGUGGUGUUGUUGGUGGCUCCUCGUCGAAUUCAAAUUCGAAUUCGGGCACUGGUUCAGGCUCCAACUCGUAUGGUGGGUCGAAUGCCGGUUCUUACUCGAAUACUGCAGCUGGGUCCGGCUCAAGCGUAGGCUCGGGAUAUGAUUCCUCUGGCUCAGGUUCAGGUUCAGGUUCAUCUUCUGGGUCAGGUGCGGCUUCAUUUGGUGGAUCACGUGUCGGUUCAAACUCCAACUCUGGCUCUACGUCGGGUGCAAACUCAGGGUCAAAUUCUGGUGCAAUCGGUGCAUCAGGUAGUGGAUCAAACUCCAUGUCAAGUGCAAACUCGGGUGCGUUCGGUGCAUCAGGCGGUGGAUCAAACUCCAUGUCGGGUUCGGGGUCAAGCUCUAACUCCGGCUCUAUGUCGGGUGCAAACUCGGAUGCUGGUUCGAGCUCUGGUGCGUUCGGUGCAUCCGGUAGUGGAUCAAACUCCAUGUCUAGUUCAGGUUCCGGCUCAAGCUCAGCAUCCGACUCGAGCUCAGGGUCUACUGGAUUCGGUUCCAGCACGGGCGCCGGUUCUAGCUCGAGCGCCUGGUCCGGCGCCGGCUCCGGCUCGAACCCCGGCUCAUUCUCCGGAGCAGGAUCCUCCAGCUGGUCCAGCUCGACGUCCGGCUCAACCUCGGGCGCAGGGUUCGGUCCCGGGGGACGGCCGGGGUUCGGCGUGGGCGGAGGAGGAACAGGCUACGGCGCGGGUUACGGGUCCGGUGGCGGGUCUGGCUGGGGCAAGCACCACUGAAAACUGAUCCUCGUCGAGUGAACGAGUGAUCGUUCACGUGCACUUUUUAAGGCCUUCAUCACGCGUGAUAUUUUUCGUUUGUUUCUGGUUGGGUGGUGUACGCAUGCACCAACUUGUUUAUUUUACGUCUCGUGGACGAGUUUGCGAUUUCAAUCGAAUGGAUCGUUGCAGAAUCA